GGCGCGAGGAGCGGCGCACGCUGGUGGCCGAGCCAGGCUGGCGCCCGUACCCCCCGCCAGCACCGCCUUCUGCCGCCCGCGGGCGCUUUCUUCGUUCCACUUGCCUUUGGUGCCCGGCCCUCCGGCCGCCCUCCUGCCCCCUCCCCUCCGUCCCGCCCCGUCCAGCCGGGGCUGCCCGGCUCCCGCAGGCCCCCAGCCGCCCGCGUUCCUAUGGACAGACGCACAGACACCUGCAGGAAAGACACUGCUGAUCCUGUAACAUGGAGGAUUGUCUUCAUACCUCAUCUGAGAAUCUGUCCAAAUUGGUCAGCUGGGCCCAUAGCCAUGGGACCAUUUGCAGCCUCAUUCCAAACCUAAAACACUUGCUUUCUGAAGGUUCCCAUGGGAACCUGACCGCAAUGUGGGGCUGUAGUGCUGGCCAUGCUUAUCAUUGGCCACUAACAGCUACUUGUAGAGCUGGGUCCCAAGAAAGGGUCUGUUUCCAGGACAACAGAAGUUUUAACUCUGAUAGUCCCAGUAUAAUUGGGGUGCCUUCUGAGACACAAACUAGCCCUGUUGAAAGGUACCCUGGGAGACCAGUGAAAGCAAAGCUAGACUGUAACCGGACCAGAGACUCUUGUGACUUCUCUUAUUGCAGUGAGCCCUCUGAACUGGAUGAAGCUGUUGAAGAGUAUGAGGAUGAAAACACCCUGUUUGACAUGGUUUGUGAGUCUUCUGUUACAGAUGAGGAUAGUGACUUUGAACCCCAACCCCAAAGACCUCAAAGCAUUGCUCGCAAAAGGCCAGGAAUAGUUCCGUCUUCCCUCCAUUCAAGUUCCCAGACACAGAUGGUUGAUGAAUGCAGCAAUGACGUCAUCAUCAAGAAAAUCAAACAAGAAAUUCCAGAAGAUUAUUACAUUGUGGCAAAUGCAGAGCUGACUGGAGGGGUAGAUGGACCAGCCCUGUCCUUGACUCAGAUGGCAAAACCCAAGUCUCAGACUCAUGCUGGUCCCUCCUGUGUGGGGUCUGCUAAGUUGAUUUCCCAUGUAACAUCUGCCAUUAACACGGAGCUAGACCCACAUGGUAUGUCUGCAUCUCCUUCUGUGAUCUCCAGACCAGUUGUCCCAAAGACUGCUAGGGUAUCUCUGGCUUCACCAAACAGAGGACCCACUGGUACCCAUGGCACCAGCCAGCAGGUGGCCAUGCAGAUGCCUGUGAGUACAUCCCAUCCUAACAAACAGAUCAGUAUCCCUUUGUCUGCCCUGCAGCUGCCUGGACAGGAUGAUCAAGUUGCUUCUGAAGAAUUCCUGUCUCAUCUGCCCAGCCAGGUCUCAUCCUGUGAGGUAGCCCUCUCUCCCUCAGUUAACCCAGAGCCAGAAGUGAGCUCCAGUCAGCAGCAGCCUCCAGUUGCUCCAACUAUAACCACUGAGGCCACAGCGCAGUGCAUACCAGACCAGGAUGAAAGAGCAGCUGAGCUCAGCAGGGAGCAGAAUGAGAAAACCAUCCGGAGCACUCAGACUGCGCUCCGCAAUUUCCCUUAUUCUACUAAGCUCAACAAAUUUCCUGUAUUUAAUAUUAAUGAUGACUUGAAUGAUCUGUGUACCAGUGCAGUAAGCCCAAACACUACCAAAGCCACGCGGUACGCCCUGAAUGUGUGGCGAUAUUGGUGCAUGACCAACGGGCUCAAAGAUCAUACGGAUAUCACCAAGAUCCCUGCAGUGAAGUUGAAUGAGCUGCUGGAGAACUUUUACGUCACUGUCAAGAAGAGUGAUGGCUCAGACUUCCUGGCUACCUCACUCCAUGCCAUUCGCCGGGGCCUGGACCGCAUCCUGAAGAAUGCAGGUGUGGGCUUUUCCAUCACCAGCAGCACCUUCAGCUCUUCUACCAAGAAGCUCAAGGAGAAGCUGUGGGUGCUGAGUAAGGCGGGGAUGUCGGGUGCCCGCUCUCGAAAUAUUGUCUACUUCUCCCUUUCUGAUGAGGAGGAGAUGUGGCAGGCAGGGUGUCUGGGGGACGACAGCCCCAUCACUCUCCUGUCCACUGUGGUCAAGUACAACAGCCAGUACCUGAACAUGCGGACGCUGCAGGAGCAUGCAGAUCUGAUGUACGGUGACAUAGAGCUGCUCAAAGACCCACAAAACCAGCCCUACUUUGCCCGGACAGACAGUGUCAAGCGGGAGAGUCGGAGUGGAUCCACUAGAGUGUGUCAUGGGAAGAUCUACCAUGAACAUUCCAGAGGACACAAGCAGUGCCCUUACUGCCUCCUCUACAAGUACAUGUACAUCCACCGGCCGCCCACCCAAAUGGAGGCCAAGUCCCCCUUCUACCUUACUGCCAGGAAGGAAGCCACAGACAUGGGCAAUGUGUGGUAUGAGGAGCAGAGGAUGGGACUGCGUUCUCUUCGAGGAAUUGUCCCAAACUUAGCCAAGAAAGUCAAGCUGGAAAACUGUGAGAACUUCACCUUCGUCUCAUUUACUCAGGUCUCCAGGAAACUUGGCUCCCACAGCUGCUGCCAGUGAGCCUGGGUCCCGGCCACUGCCCUACGCCCCCUUGUAGGUGAGAGCUCCCCCAGGUGGCCAAGCCAGAGUCAGCAGCAACCCAGAGCUCUAAGGAGGCAGCUGCUGACCCUGUGUAACUCCAGGCUUAGACUGGUCUCCAUCAGUGUGGCCUGCUAGUCCUCUGACUUGGAGUUUUCUUUUGAAUGAAAGUAGAUAAAAAUAUGAAUAAUUUGGAUGUGUUAUCCAAAUGUGUGUUACCUUUGUUAAAUUGUAAAACACAGUGUAUAAUUGCUAUAUAUGAGAAUGAGGAAAUUCAUAUUAUCUAGUGCCUUUUUAGCACAGGUUUUCUGGAAAAAAAGAGAAAAAGAAAAAAAAGGAUACUGAUUAAAUAGUUAUUAAAAAAAAAUCCCAGUAGCCCAGUAGCUUUAGAUUGUUAGGAAGACUAUACACUUUGUUGAAUUACACUCACAGUAAGGAAUUAGAAAGAGAGAGACAGACACAUUAGAGAAAAAUUGCUCCUGACACUCCUUUAUAUUUUGUUGGUGGAUAACUUGGUUGUGUAAAGCAGGCAGCCUUGCUAGAGAAAACUCUAGAGUGCCUGCCAGGGAGGCGGGGGCUGCUCUAUGCGGUGAAAGGAUCGAUCUCUGCUGUCAAGGUAGACAAUUUUAUGAAAAGAAGAUUAAUGCACCAAAAGGGUGUUUGUAAGAACAAGGUUUUCAGUGAACUAGAUGGUUCAUACCUUGAGGGAAUUUCUAGUAGUGAAAGAAAAUGACUUAGAAAAGCCACCUGUGAUCAAAAUGUGAAAACCUCCUGACGCAGAAGUGCCUAUGUCUUAGUUCUCAGCACUACAUGAGAGUGUUUUUUUGUGUGAACAUAUUUAGUGUUUUUUAACCCCUUCUUCUUAUCAUACAGUUGUUCUGUCAGCAUAUAGCACUGGAUUUGUAAACAACUAACAGUAACAUUCAGGCCCACCUAGGAAAAUUCAACAAAACAAGCUGCAAAGGAAACAGAUCCCCAAAUGUGUUUACUAAGAGGUUUGAGAUAUUUUUUAUCCAAGUAUGACUUUUUCAGCCACAAUGUCAUCAUUUUAGGUUGGCACCAAUGCUCGCGACACUAUAAUUUAAGAAACCUACAAGGUAAGCAAACCCAACAGAAAAGAUGUAGUGGUAAAAUCAGAGCAUAAUGAUAGGUUAUUAAUGCAGUUUGAAACCAUUUCACUCAGGUCCAAUUCAGCCUGACUACAUAUUAUUUAAAUAUCAGAAAUUUCUAACAAUUAUUCUGAAUGCAACUAGAAUUGAAAAAGGAACCCAAAGAGUGCUAAUUAAUAAUAAUAUUAAGUUCUAGGUAUCUUUAUUUGUAUUCAAGUAAAGACUGCUCUAACUUUAUACCUUUAUGUUCCUGUGUAUGCUUUCUAAUUCCAAAUUAAAAUUCCAACACAAAUUCAUUUUGUAGGAGUCUUAAAAUCCUAUUUCUUUUUAAAGCAUUAUCUUAGUAUUUAUUUUAAUUGUUUUUAAAAUCAUUCAUUGGUCAUUAAAAUAUGUGAUACUUUACCAGAGAAGACUCAACCAAUGCUGCCUUAAGGUCUAAAGUUGUUCCCUUUGUAAUUAGUGCACAUUUAUAAUUUGUUUACUAGUUUAUCUUUCCUGAGAUUAGUUUUGGUGUAUCUUCAUCUGUAUAUAAAUAACAGGUAAUAGUUAAUAAUCACUGUUAAAACUUGAUAUUACAUAGUGUUCUGUCGUGGUUUCUUAUAGUGAUUUUAGAGUUUUAAUUAAGAAGAAAUAGACACAAAACAUUAGGAAUGGUUUCCUUUCAUUUGCUAAACACCCAAAGGAUAUUUUGUUGGUGGAAAGCAAAUGGUCAUUUUCUUGUCAGUUUUGCAUUUAAACUGAAGUUUAACCUAUGUGAAAUUUCGGCAGAGCCUGCAGCCCAAUUAAAUAAAGCCUCCAUUUUUAUUUCAAAUAGAUUCAAGAAGAAAUUGCCAUUAGGAAUCACUGGGAUCUUUUCAGAUUUUAACAUUUCCAAAAGUAGCAAUAACUGAGCCAGCAGUUGUAAUUGUCCUGUUUGUAGCUGUCUGUCAGCUCAAUAACCAUCUCUUCCUCAGAUAUGCUGUCUAUCACUUAUUUGAUGUAUUAAAAAUCCCCAGAGUUCUGAAGUGAAGGAUUAUAAUAAAAAGUCAGGAGGGCAAAUCUUCAGUGACAGCUGAUGGAUUGAAAGGCCUGUCUCAGCAUCACCUAUCUCCCUGGGGAGUGGGUGUGAGGAAGAAAGCACAUCCACCUGUUGCUACCAGGUGCCACCCACUGUUCGAGGUACUUUCCCUGUUGUGUAUUUGUGUGUGUGUGUGUGUAUACACGCUUCAGAUUUGCAUGUGGUAAAGCCUGGCAAGCCUGCUAACUUGGCAAAGCACCUAUCCAUGCGUAUGUCCAUGCCUGUCCUCAGGGGACCUUCGGGGGCUAGGAGAGCUUAUUCUAGCUGUUCAGCUGAGGCAGUUGUACUGUCUUUCCAGUUGGCUCUCUACCAUUCCCCCUGAAUACCUUGAUUUUCUGCUCUUGACCUAGGCAGAAAGAAAGAUUCCAAGAGGAGUGGGAGGUUAAGACAUUUUCUCCACUUUGGGGUUUUUGUACCCUCCAGCUGGAAUAAAUGUCAAGAACUUGCAAGUGUGCCUAGAUACAAAUUGCCUCUGUCCCUGCGUGGGGAAUGGAGGUAUGGUAGGAGAGGACCUGUGGAGACUUAGGGAGAGCCUACACCUGUGGCACCUUCUGUGUCUGCUCCAAAAGGAGCUCUGGGUACCACAUUCCCAGAAUGCAGUAGGCCUUCCUGCUAGGAGCAUAGAUUGGUAGAGAUGAUAGGGUGUCACUUGAUGGGUAAGAUCUGAUUAAACAUGAAGAAUUCAACACAGACAUCAUAAGCAUGCAGUGUCACUUUUUUAGUUACAACUUUUUACAAUAAUUAAUAUUUUCCAGCUCAUCUGCAUUAGGCCACUUACUUCUUUCAUUAUGGAGAUUCUUUCUUUCUUAAACUGCUAAACUUGGAAGAGGAAAUCAAACCCAGUAAUCUGGUCAAGUUAAUGCAUUUAUGCCCAUGAAUUCUACCUCCACACAACCAAGCCCUGAUACCUCACAUAUAAGCAAAAACAAGGAAGAACAGAGAUGCCUUAAGAGGCUUUAUGAAAAGUUUUUCCAUUGUUUUGUGUAUUUGCAAAAAAAAAAAAAAAAAAAAGGAAUAUUAUGGAAGUAAUCUAACCAAAGCUGUGAAAAAAAAAAAAAAUGGUCUCCUUGGUCAUGUGGCAUUGUCCAGCUUUCCUUGGAUUGUAUUCAUUAGUCUGCCCUAACUGAUAAAUGGUGUUUGAAGAAAUGUGAAACUCUGUUAUUCUCAUUUUUAUUUUAAUUCAGUUCUUAUUGAAAGCAUCAAGCAUGUUCAUAGACACAGAGAUUAACAUAAUCUAAAUGAAGUAUUAUUUAUGUAGAAACUGAAGCUUCUUGAUGAAGUUGAAAGAUUACUGGGAGCUGCUUGACUGCUUCAUUUAGGCAAAUUCUGGUGUCACUGUCCUUAGCUCUGAAGUGCGAUCAGUGGAAUGAAUCAUCUCCACAGUGAACAGUGUUACCCUCUAAGAAGCAGAAUGUUGAUUAAUUUUCUCAGUUUAGGUUAAUACUAGCCACAUUGUUAUUACUUAAUGAACAGCAUUUAAAAAUUUAUCCUUAUCAAAUAUGCAACACUUUGUUGCUUUCAUGAGAUAUGGAUUGCUAAAUAAUUUUGAGCUAGUAAGCAGUUAACUUAAGGUAUCAAUGAAUGUAAACAGUGAAGAUUUUGAAAAAGAGUUACUUCCUUUUCUCUAAAUGCCCUUCAAGUUGCAGCCCAUACACAUUUAGAAGUUAAAAGCUCCAAAUAGAAUGUAUUCAAAGUUUCAAAGUUGUAUAAAUAGUUUUUACUUUGGGGUGAAUUUUUAAUGCUGUGUGCUAAAAUAUUCAGUUAUUUAGUCAGUGUUUGUAGGUAAAGAUCUUUGUUGUAUUUUCCCAUGAAAAUGAAUCAAUUAAAAGAUGAGGCAGGUGGAUUGGUGACCUACACUCCACUCUCUUUCUGAGAGCAAGCCACGAGGAAUGAUGAUUAAACUAACAUACCUGGAAGAUUCUAUAUCUGAUGUCACCAGAUUUCCCAAAACUCCCCUUUGAGGAAGGCUCCCAUCCUUGGAGCAAGCUUUGCCUUGUAUUAUGAUCAUGUACUUCUAGUUUUGUUUAUAGUCCAAGAAUGCAAAGACAUUCCCCAUGUUUCAUUGUUGAUCAGAAUCAGAUUGUUAAAUUAAAGCAUUUUAUUAAUGAUCUAAUGCAGCAAAUAUGGAAACUAACCAUUUCAGGAAAUGUGACCAAAAACUUGUUGGAUAAUCUGUGGGUGCAUAGUAGUUCAUUAUUAUUAAUAGUGAUUUGAUAACCCCUCCCCCAUUGAGAGGAGAACAAGCUUCUAAAUAUUUUAUAGUCAGUAUAACUGGUUGAUUAAUUUGCACUUAACUGUGCUUAUUGUUACGUCUACUGAUUUAUUUAAAGCUUCUAGGGCUGGGAUUGUGGCUCAGCGGUACAGCGCUUGCCUAGCACGGGCGGGACCGGGUUCGAUCCUCAGUACCACAUAAAAAUAAAGGCAUUGUGUUGUGUCCAUCUACACCUAAAAAAAAAUUAAUAUUUUUUUAAAAAAAGCUUCUAGAAGAAUCCAGAAACUGCAUCAAUCAGUUAAAACAUGGCUAUUUAGUGAACUAAGCAACAUUGCUAUUUCACAGAAAUAUCUGCACAAAAAAAUGAAAUUGUUAUUUGGCUCUUGUCUAGACAAUGCCAGAAAAUCUAGAUUUUUAAAAAUAUAGGCAAUAUAAUUUUUUUCUAUGUUUUUGUCACUGUUUUAAAUUGAGACAUGGCAUUUAUUUAACUUCAUUAUUAUACACUAAUGGGUAUUAAAAUCAGUAAUUCUGAAAAAAAGCUUCUAGAAGUUUCAGAUCUAUCACUGUGCUAAGGGUUUUCUCACAGCUGCCUCAUAUUUUCAUAAUAGUUCUGCAAAGUGCAUUUAAUUAUUCCAUUUUGCUUAUUAAGAAACAAGGACUCAGAAAAGUUAAACUUCCCACAGCAAUACAGAGCUAGCAAGUUGAAGAACUUAAAUUUAAAGGCAGAUCUUCUGACUCCAAAUCCAAAACUCAGUCUAUAAGAAAAAGCUGCCUACUUUAGGCCCAUAGAGGUCCAUUUAACUUUUUUAAAAAAGUUUUCAUUUGUUUGGGAAAUAUCCCCCUCCUCAAGCCUUACUGUGUUAACAGUUUAUCUAUCCUAUCUUACUAAUUCAUUCGUCACUUCGUACCAUUUAAUAAUUCCCGAAAAGCCUAAUGGUUUUCAAUGAAUGAAUAUAACACUUGUGCCUACCAAGAACCUUCUGUCCUUACCCAUUAUAUAAUUUAUAUUUACUGUUAUCACCUUAAAGGGUAGAUGUUUAGGCCAUUUGCUUUAUUAACAGUUUAUAAACUGCACCUGUUUUUGACAUGGGAACCACUGCUUAAAAUGUAAAGAAAUUCCUAAUCUGUAUCACAAUUACUUGCUCAGGUGUUUUACUUUUGCUUUUUAAUUUUUGUGUCAGGAUUUAUAUAGUGUUUAGACUAAAGCACUCUUAGAGCAAAAUAUACUUAUUUAGUCAUUUAUUUUCUAUUAUUUAUCAAGUCAUAUUUAUUUUUUAUUUUGAGACUUAAAAGACAACAUGUUACAGGUGACUUUAAGGUCAUCUAGCCAAAUUCCCUCAUUUUACCCAUAAGGAAAUUAAAGCCCAGAGAUAGAAAGAGCCCAUCCAAGUCAAGCCAGACCUUAAGUAGUAGGUUCAGGACUAGAAAACUGGUCCAGAACUCUUUCUUUUAUAUCAUAGCUGAGAAGACUGGGAUUUUAAAAAAUUAAUUAGUAGAAUUGCAUCUGGCAUAAUGACAUCAGUGAGCUGCUCUCACCAUGUCAGAAGACAUGAAGACACAUAUGAAGAACAAAUCUCAACUUGACCAUCUAGAAGUAGCUGGUACAAUUUAUGAGGCAUACAGAGGGGGACUGUGGUAAAACCUUCCAGGUCAUAGCGAAGUUGAAAAUCUGAAAGCUAUAUAGUGUUUGACCUCUUUCCCCACCAUAUCUAUCUCCUUAUUCAGUCUCUGAACCUCAUACCCAGUGCUACACCAUGAAGAGGAGGUUCUAGAUCCCAUAGAUCCUACCCUCUUCCUUUUCCCAACACAUCUCCUCUUCAUUCAGCCCUGGACUCCAAAUCCUAGGGCUAAAACAUGAGCAGAAAGCAGAGAGGGACUAGAAGACACAGUAUAUUCUGAGAAUAAAGCCCAUCAGGUGAAGGCCUAAACAGUAAAAGCCUGGGUAGCACAGCAUGCAAGUAUUUUGAUUUUUCAUAUAUAACAUUGGCUUGGAGAUUAAAAAACAACAACAACAAAACAAAAAAACCCAGACAAUAGAAAGGACAAGAAGGCUAUUUCAUUGGGAAAGUGGUAAAUGGGAAAUUGGACCUAGAAAUAUGGACUCACCUUACCUUACCAUCAACCUGGGAUUUGACUGAAAAAGGGAGUUGACAAGUGGGCAGAGUCUGUGAAGAAAGAACCACAUAUAAAGAUUAGCAGUGAGUUUAAAAAGGUGAAAUGAGGCAUAUAAAAAAGUAAGACAGCCAAGUGCACUGGCACAUGCCCAUAAUUCGAGUGACUCAGGACACUGAGGCACGAGGACUAUAGUUUGAGGCCAGCCUCAGCAAUUUAACAAGACCCUGUGUCAAAAUUUAAAAAUACACAGGACUGGGAAUGUGGCUCAGUGGAAAAGCACUCUUGGGAUCAAUGCCCAGGACAAAAAAAAAAAAAAAAAAAAGUGACAGAACCAAAGAAAAUGAGCAGCUUCCAGAACAUUCUUGAAAAUUGAAUGCUGAAAUGAGGGAGCAAGAAAAUGUUAGGAUUCUCUUUGUCCUAACUGAAAACAAGAUUUGCUUCUAUGCAACAAUAGUAAGUUUUUACAUGAGAACGAGUUAUGAGAAAAAGGUAAAAGAACUAAAAUGGAGCAGUGGCGUGCACCUGUAAUCCCAGCAGCUUGGGAGGCUGAGGCAGUAGGAUGUGAGUUCAAACCCAGCCUCAGCAAAAGUGAGGUGCUAAGCAACUCAGUGAGGCCCUGUCUCUAGAUAAAAUACAAAACAGUGCUGGGGAUGUGGCUCAGUGGCUGAGUGCCCCUGAGUUCAGUCUCUAGUACCUCCCCAAAAGAUGGAAAAGACUCACUGCACUUUCAGCCUCCCUCCACCCCCAAAAACGUGAAAAAGAGAUCAGUAAUUAAGGUCUUCUUGGCAAAAAUGUUAAACUCCCACAGAAAGUGAAAAAUUCUUCUGGCAUCAAAGAGAAAGAGCAACAGGUUGCUUAUAAGAAAACCAGGGCAUCUGGAAUCAGACUUCUCAGUAGCACCGAAUGCCAGGAAACAAUUUUGAGGGGAAAAAAAUUGCAUCAUGUACUAUUCAUAUAAAGAUAAUGAAUGAUACUGCAACCUACAAAGCCUGGUUUGGGAAAAAAAACCAAAAAACAAUAUUCUCUUAGUAUCAUAAUCUCAAGGGACUCCGGAGUUAAACAUCAGGUCACUACCCCCUAGAAGAAGGGCAAGUGUGCCUUUAAAUGGAAAAUACUGCUGGAAGCAACAUAUCUAAAAGUGCCCCAAUCCUCACAUGAAUGAAUUAGAUUAAUACAAGAUGUACCUAAAAAUAGUUAAUAGUACAGCAUUAUUUCUUCAUUUUUAUGACUGAAAUUAUGCAUAAUUACAUUAUAAAUAGAAAAUUCAGAUAUGCCUUUUGUUCUCAAUUUUCCCUGUGACCAAUUUUAAAAAAAAGAAAGGGGGUGGGGAACGCUCUUACUGUGAAAUAAUAUUGUGUCUGCUGCUUCCAAGUGAGUCGAGUCCAGAAGUCCCUACCUCUGUCCUGGGGUCUGAGAGUCUAGAUGUGAGAUGGUUGACUCCAUCCCAUGUGCUGUUACACUUGCCUCAAACUCAGAACUUGUUGAGUUUGGAUCUGGAAUAUCCCCUAAAGGCUUAUGGGUUGAAGGCUUGGUCUCCAGUUGGCACUACUGGGAUAUGGCGGAAAUUUCAGGAGGUAGGCCCUGUUAGAAGUAGGUUCCCUGUGGGUGUGACCGUGAAGCUCUGUCUGCUUCCUGGCUGCCAGGAGGUGAGCAGCCUUACUCCUCCAGGCCCUGGUUCCACCAUUAUGAUUCUGCGCUGGCCACAGGGUUACAAGCAAUGGAGCCAGCAGACCAUGAACUGAGACUGUGAGCAAAAAUAGAUAUUUCCUCCUCUAAGCUGGUUUUCUCAGAUAUUUUGUCAUAGCAAGGGAAAGCUAACAGAGAACUAACAACAAGUACAGAAUUAAACAAAUGCAGGAUAUAUGUCCUUUAAACAGCAAUCUGGAGGGGCUGGGGAUGUAGCUCAGUUGGUAGAGUGCUUGUCUUGCAUGCAAAAUGCCCUGGGUUCAAUCCCCAGCACCACCUAAAUAAAUAAAUAAAUAAAUAAAUAAAAGCAAUUAGGAAGACGGAAGCUUUUUUUCAGAAUGCAAAUACAAGAAAAGUUCAAUUUUAAAUGUAGGUAGCUAACUAGGGCAGUGAGGUGCUUUUCUUAGCUGUACUUGAAAUUUUACGAAAUUCAAAUAUUAAGGGCUGGGGAUAUAGCUCAUGGUAUAGUGCUUCAUGCAGAAGGCCCUGGUUUUAAUCCCCCGUACUUCUGGAGUCUGUAAUGUCAAGUAGCAUUAAAGUUGGGUUUUGUUUUAUUUUGUUUCAUUCAUUUGCACUGAAAGGACUUGAAAGUAUGGUUAGUCUGUGCUCCAAGUUGUCUUGCCAGUUUAAACUCUUGACUAAAUUUUCAGUGACACCAGCAUAUUUGCUUUAAAUUUAGCAAUGAGUAGUUCAUAGGUUGCUUUGCAUUUGCUUAGUUUUUCAUUCUGAAACACAACAAAACCUCUUCUCAGAGAUGGAGGGAAUCUCUUCUGAAUAGAUUCCAAGUGUCACCUUCCCAGAGUCCUCUUGCUUAGCUGUGACUGACAAAUGUCUGUUCAAUUUAACCACUUAGAUAAGAAAUGCAAUGCUUGUAUUUAAAAUUUAAUAUUUUCUAUGUGGUUGUAUUUUUCAAAUAACAAACUGUUCAUAAUGUUUUUAUUGUUCUGGAUAUGUAUUUUCUAACAGAGAAGGAUGUCCAUAAUUUCUUAUUACUGGAAACAUCAUUCAGAUUGACAUCAGUUCAGUAAUUUGAAUGAUUUUAGUGCAGCAUUUCCAACUUUUUCUUCCUCCUAAGUGUCCACACCUGGGCACACAUGCAUGUGGGAGCACACAAAUGGGAAAAGCGGUGUCACGUCUAUUUUUUGUCAUCAGAUGUCAAGUGUUGAAAGAGAUUUUCUUGUUUGUCUAGUUCAGCCCUCUAGUUGAUAGUCUAGUAGAGUCUGUUAACAAUUUGCAAGGUUCUGGGGUUUUGGGUUUGUUUUGUUUUUUUUAAAGUUGCCGUGCCUGGUUUGAUUUAUGUACAUGCAGCUUGACUGUUCAACUCAGAUUUUUUUUGAAAAAUAAAAAAAUGAAUGUA